AGAGAGCAACACUUUAAGAUCCGGACGUCCUUCCAACAUCACCCAAUUGUACAGCACAAUCCAUCUCGUUGGGAUUGAACCGAGACUCAACAUGGCCUCCACUCCCCCUCUUCGCCCCCUCGCCUCCCAAUCAGAUCUCCAAGCCUUCUACAUCGGCAAGGAUAUCAGCAAUGUCCCCAAGCCCGCUGUUGUUGUAGACGUGGCGAUAAUCAGGCGCCAUUGUGCGUCUAUGUUAGAGGCCGCGAACGCACUGGGUGUCGGGUUUAGAGCUCAUGUUAAGACACAUAAGACACCUCAAAUUGCGCGCCUGCAGGUCGGUGAGGACGGCAAAGACGCCAACUUUGUUAUUUCAACGGUUCUCGAAGGGGAGACUCUAUCACCUCUGUUCAAAGAGCUUCGGGCCGCAGGAAGGAGGGUUAAUGUACUCUAUGGAAUUCCGCUGGUUCCGUCCCAGGUCACACGCUUGGCGGAGUUGGCGAAACAGAUCGGGGAGGGGAGUGUGUCGGUGAUGAUAGACCAUCCGGAUCAAGUGGAGUAUUUGAACCACUUUCGAGAGGUGGCGGGAUUCCCGGCCUGUAUGUUUAUCAAGGUGGAUUCGGGAUAUCAUCGGGCUGGACUGCCGCCGGAUAUGUUGAAUAAGGGGGGAUUGUUGGAGAGGGUCGUGCGGGAGGAGAAGGAGGGUAGGUUGGUGCUGUUGGGAGUGUAUUCGCAUAAUAGCUUGAGCUAUUCGGGGUCGACGGUGGAGGAGUUGAUGGGUUUCUUGAAGGGGGAGAUUGUGGGGUGUCGAGAGGCAUUGAGGAGGAAUCAACAUCUGUUGGCAGGGGAAAGGGAAAGGGAGUUGGUGAUUAGUGUUGGGGCCACGCCGCAAGUGGUUUCGGUAAAGAGGCUCUUGCAGGGGGAGUUGGGCCCAGAGGCACAGGAGUUGAAGGCGUUGUUGGAUGGUUAUGAGGAGGGAAUUGGGCGGGUCAAGGUUGAGUUGCAUGCAGGUGUCUAUCCCGUGCUUGAUAUGCAGCAGUUGGGGACGAAUGCGCAUACGGGGGAUGCUGGGGAGGAGAUUGCCAUCUCGGUGGUGGCUGAGGUUUGCAGCGUGUACAACGAUGCUGAACGGUCAAAGCCAGAAGCCUUGGUUGCUGCAGGGUCACUGGCUCUGGGAAGAGAACCAUGCAAGUCUUAUCCUGGAUGGGGGCUAGUUGGGGACUGGAAACGACAGAAAGGCCCCUCGCGGCUGAUUGUCGAACGCAUCAGUCAGGAACAUGCCAUUCUGGCUUGGGAGAAGGGGGAGAAAUCGGAAAUCCCUCUCCAAGUUGGCCAGGCCGUGAGGAUUUUCCCCAAUCAUGCAUGCGUGACGGGUGCGUUGUACGGAUGGUAUCUGGUGGUGGAUUCGAGUCAGGAUGGGGAGGGAACGACAAUCGUGGACGUGUGGCCGAGGCCAACGGGGUGGUAAUUGGACAUAGCUUAUUUAUAUAUAGCUCACACGCUCAAACUCUCCCCAGCAAAAACAACUUCUGCGGUCUC